UCAGAGCUCCGAUCUGUGGAUGGAUUCUAACGGAAAUUAACAUUUCUGUGAGGGACGAUGGCUGACCAAAGCAGGCCAUCUAGCGCUUCCACCAAUAAAACCCUAUCAUACACUUCCUCUUCACGCAAAAAUUCACUCUCUUCAACUACAACCACACGUUCUCAGCAAAGCAGUUUGGAAGACGUAAUCGUGAAAGAAUAUUUGGACGCCUUAGAAAGACCAUCUGCAAAACCACAUGUUUUGCCCCGAAAAUACAAAUCCCCUUACGCUGAAACAUCAGCGAGACGCAAAAAAGACAGACGGCAUAGUGAGAGCCCUUGUCUUAGCUCUUGCACUGCACUUCAAUCAGAACAUGUAUCGAGAAGGUCAGCCUAUCAAGAUUACUCCCCACUUCAAACAACAUCCGUUCACAGCAGAAAUGGAGUUUCAGAUUUAGACCUCAACAUUUCAGACAGUUCUGACAAUCCCCACUUCUCAUCAUCAUCCAAGAAAAACAGACAUUCUGUGAAUAAAACCCCCAGGUAUUCUGGUGGCUUUGGGGCAGUUCCAGUUUUUAAACGGCAAGCCUUUGUGAUCAAAGCUUUCGCUUACAAGAAUGGAACCAGAAGCAUGCCUGUUAAAGUGUCAGCACCUACUAUUCAGCUGCUCCUGGAGAGGUGCACUGUGAAACUGAAACUCAAUAUGGCGGCCAGAAGAAUCUUUUUGGCAGAUGGUGAAGAAGUUUUUGAACCGAAAGACAUAGCCCAUGAUACUGACAUUUACAUAUCAACUGGAGAGUCCUUCAUAGAUCCUUUCAAAAGUGUUAAAGACAGCGAAAUCUUAGCCAGUAAAAUCACGUGGACUAUGAAUGGUCUGAAACUUCCUAAUGAUGAAAAAAGGGGCAAAACAAAACCGGUUAUGUCCAAACGCAUCAAGAACCUUGUAGGACAUGCCAGCGUGAGAAUUCUGGUGUUCGCCAAUGGAAGCGGGCACAAUGGACUGGAGACGGUUGCAAUGGUGGAUCAAAUGGAAAAGGUUUGUAGAACAUAG